AUGGACUUGUAUGGGAAGAUGGCUGCCACUCAGGAUGUAAAAGGGAAGGGAGAGGGAGGAGACCAAAACUUUGACUACAUGUUCAAACUACUAAUCAUCGGCAACAGCAGCGUGGGCAAAACGUCUUUCCUGUUCCGUUACGCCGACGACGCCUUCACUUCGGCCUUCGUCAGCACAGUGGGCAUAGACUUCAAAGUAAAGACUGUGUACAAGAAUGACAAGAGGAUCAAACUGCAGAUCUGGGACACAGCAGGCCAGGAGCGCUACAGGACCAUCACCACUGCCUACUACCGCGGGGCCAUGGGCUUCAUCCUAAUGUACGACAUCACCAAUGAGGAGUCCUUCGGCGCUGUGCAGGACUGGUCAACCCAGAUAAAAACCUACUCGUGGGAUAAUGCACAGGUGGUGCUGGCUGGAAAUAAGUGUGAUAUGGAAGAGGAGAGAGUGGUCUCAGUGGACAAUGGCAGACUGCUGGCAGAACAGUUGGGUUUUGAAUUCUUUGAGACCAGCGCCAAGGACAACAUCAACGUGAAGCAGACCUUUGAACGUCUCGUUGACCUAAUUUGCGACAAGAUGUCCGAGAGCUUGGACAGUGAUCCGGCCGUCCCCACAGGAGCUCCCACUGCCAAACUCACAGACAGCGCUCCGCCCCUCCAGCAGUCUGGAUGCAACUGUUAGUGACUGAUGUCAGGAAGCAAAGAGGAGGGCAGCGCGGGUCCUCUAAGGUGGUAGUGUGCAGAGUUUUGUUCUCCCUUAUCACUCCUGCUAGUGCUGCUUUCCCUGGACUACAGCUCAAACCCUGUUUAGUAGUAGAAUUACAAAAUGCUUUCGUAU